GGAAGAGCCUGUCAAUCAAAACAGUAAGACGUCAGUUGAUGAGUGCAGCAAAUUGAUCAUUUCUUUCAAAAAAUGGAUAUUGAAAAUAAGACAGAGAAGAAGCCCUACAGAGAGAAGCUCAACAAGGACGCUAGAGACCGAUAUUUGGUAAAGCUGACCUCUAUUAGUAAUGUAGAUCCAUAUGAGCUAGCAGCUAACGCAUGGACAAGCGAUCCCGCCCUGUUUCCCCCAACAACAAAUAUGGACAUCAUUUGCUAUCUUGUUCAUGGUGUCAGUGCUUAUACAUUUGAAGAAUUCCGAAACUAUAAAUCCCUCGAGGCUCAUGGACUUUUUACCAACGGCUGGGUACAAGAUUUAUAUUCAUUUCAACCUGAUGGAUGCACUAACACUGUCAUCACAGCAAAGGUUUUGCACUCCCAACGCCUGCGAGAAGCACCUCUCAAACCCUGGGCUAUCCUAGAAUCAUCAGGGGCCAUAUCCUCCGCUCACUGUACCUGUAUGGCGGGAAUAGGAGAAUCCUGUACACAUGUUGCAGCAAUGCUGUUCAAGUUGGAGGCGGUUGUGAGAUGCAGAGAGACAGUGACAGUGACCGGCAAACCUGCAUACUGGAUGAUACCAGGAAAUCUUUCAAAAGUAGAACCACAACCAGGAUACAGAAUCGAUUUCACAAGUUCAAAAGCAAAGAGAAAGGCUCUGAACAGACUCUUGGAAGGAAAAACUGUAGAUCCAUCUUCUAUCAGGACAACACGAACAAAGGCAACAGGUUCUGUGUCAAAGGAGCAGUUGGACUCAUUUUUUAGAGCAAUUAACAAGGCAUCACCUCAAGCUGCUGUGCUAUCCUGUUUGCCUGAAUAUUGUGACGCAUUUAUUGAUCCAGUUCAAUCACUCACUGUACCACGUUCCCUUCAGUCUCUUCGUGAUGUGACAAUGGAGGGCAAGGAGAUAUCCAUUUUGCGUGAACACUGUAAAUCACUUGCUGGCAGAAUCUCACUUACAAACGAGCAAGCUGACUACAUAGAAAGUACAACAAGAAAGCAAAACAAAUCUUCAACGUGGCAUCAGUACCGUGCAGGGAGGAGGCUGUAUUGA